GGCAUGAAUUAAAACCUCUGUUAGCCAAGUGGCAACUCUGCGUGGCGAAACAAACGCUUGCAUCACCGCUUUCUCUUUCUACCUUACGGAAAUGUGCGAUGCAGCAGCACAAAGCAGAAUAGCCGAGUACAAUAGAAUAAAGUGGAAAUGAUGAUUAAUAUUUUGAUAAACAAUAAACACCUAAUUGCAAGAAAUUGCUCCAAAUAUGAAGAUAUAUGUGCUUGCAUUGAGGAGGCUACGAACUUACAAGGCAAUGAGUACUACUUGACCAGUAGCGGAAAACGUUUGACAGGUGAUGACCAAGAACUUGGUGGAAGCGAUGUACACUGCAUCCUGCGAAUGUUCGGUGGCAAGGGUGGAUUUGGAUCUAUGCUGCGUGCCAUUGGCGCACAAAUUGAGAAGACAACAAAUCGGGAGGCAUGUCGUGACCUUAGUGGGCGUCGUCUGCGCGAUAUCAACGAGGAAAAACGAGUGAGGGCAUGGCUGGAGAAGCAGGGUGAGCGUGAACGUGAGGCGGAGGAGCGCAAGAAGCGGAAAAUCGACAAACUACUUUCAGUGCCAAAGCAUGAUUUCAAGGACGAGCAAUACGAGAAGGCUCGUGAGAAGCUUACGGAGAAGGUGAGCGAUGCGUUUGAGGAGGGUUUGAAACAAGCAGAAGAAUCCAAACAUAAUGCAGCAGCCAUUCAGCCCGAAGAGGCGGGCAGCAGUAAUGGCAGCAGUACCGGUGCCACAGGUACAAAGCGCAAAAAUGGCGCAAAAGACAAGAAAAAGGCUAAAAAGACAAAAAAGGGAGCACUCUGGAUAGGCGAUGAUAUCUCCGGUACGGACUCAGACGACAGCGACGACUAUGUAUCUAUAAAAAAAACUGCGGUGGCAAAAAUUUAAAAGAUUUAAGUUUAAUAUAAAGUACUAAUUAAUAUACAUAAAUAAACACGAUUAAAUGUUUAAUUCUAA